CGGCUGAUUUUGCUGAGAAUAUACAUAAUUGGUCAAUGUGGCGCCUGCUUUUGGCCUAGCACUGCUCUGCCAUGCUGGUUUUGGUUGAAAAAAAUGUAAACAAAAAGGUUAUGUAAACUUCUUUGGUUUUUGCAGCGUGAAGAGUGAGAUUCGUCGCCGCUGGGAGCAUAACUGAAAAUGUUGGGACUACAACGCUUUGCCGGCAGUAUUGUCACGCAGAUAUACCGCCGUGCCGCCUACAGCAGCAAUGUCCGGUCGGCAAGUGGUCCACUGGCUACGGCGGCCACUGGGCAGGGAACCGAGAUGAGCGAGACUGAAGCUCGCACACCGGCAACGGAUGCAAAGAAACCAAAAGGCCAAUUGGUUGCUGCUGCCUUCGAGUCGCUGCGGAACGAGAGCCCAAAGGAUGAAAAGAAGACUCCCGCCUCCAGCAGCAUAGAUGAGCGCAUUAUCAAUGCGAAGUCGGUCAAUGGACUGCUGGCCAUCACGGAAAACAACAACGCCUUCUCGCGCCAGCAUGCUCUCAGGAUCGUCUCGAUACUGGCCGAGUGGAGCACCGUGGACCGCGUCAAGAUAGCCGAGUUCGAGAAUGACACCAGAUUCUUGCGCAUCUGCCGCAUGCUGGGCCGCACCGUGCCCAAGAAUGGCGGCGGAAACAACAAGAACAACGGCGCUGCCAACGGAAGCAGCAAACGUAUUUCCGGCUUCCGCACGGACGAUCUAAACACGGUGCUCGGCGUGGCCGGAGACGAUGAGGCGGCUAAGCUGAUUGCCAGCAUCAGCCUGCCCCAAAUGGUCAAGGUGAUGAGUACUCUGGCACAGCGGAAGCGACGUAGCACUCCCCUGCUACGCUCGCUGGCCUUCAACAUCAGCAGCGCCUCAGAACCCCUGGACCUGAAGCAGUCGGCGGAUGUUCUCUAUGCCAUGGCCACGCUGAACUUCCAGGACUCGGUGCUGAGCGCCAAGGUCUGUGCCGAUGUGCAAGCAGCUCUGCCAAAGAACGUGGACAAGUCAGCGGUAGUGGGAUCCAUACUCACCAGCUUGGGCAUUUUGCGCUAUCGAGAUUUGGAUAUCCUGGAAUCGCUGACGCAGUGGCUGGUGAAGAACAGUGAAAUCUGCCGCCCACAAGAUCUCAGCGCUUAUUUCCUCACAUCGUCAUUGCUGAAUUUCAAGAGUGCCCUGCUUGAAGAUGUGAGCAACAAACUGGCAAAAUCCAUUGUGCGGGAGGACUUUACCAAACAAUCCGAAUGGCUGAGCUAUGUCUGGUCCCUGACCAUGCUCGGGCUGGUGGAACACAAGCACCUCGAUUCGGUCUUAAGUCCUGGAUUCCUGGAGAAGUUGGAAAAGGACAAGUCUGGCCUGACACCCGUCUCCAAGAUGAGGCUACUGAAUCUGAAUAGUUAUGCACAGCUUUUGGCCACAGAUUACAAGGGUGUCUUGCUGCCAGCCGAUAGUCCUGCCUACCAAGUGCCCAUGGCCCACACGAAGACGAAACAGAUUCUGGUAAAUGGCAUGCUUGAUGCACUCAAGAGCCUUCUGCCUGCCACUAACCAUGUACAGACGUCGGUGGACAGCAAAAUGGGCUUUCUUAUAGAUGCGCUUUGUCAAUUUGAUGCUAAUAGAAAUCCCCUGCCUUUGGACAAGGAGAAUCCAAAUGCAAUUAAGGUGGCGCUAAUGGUGAUUGAUUUCCAUGACAUUUGCCAUGGCACGCAUCGCAGUGCCAGCGGAGUGACGAACCUAACGAUCGAUCUGCUGGAGAAGAGUGGCUACCAGGUCAUACCAGUGCCGUACAAUGAGUUCAGCACCAGCGACAAGCUGCUGAAGCGCGUUCAGUAUUUGGAUGCAAAGUUCAAGGCGAUUGUUAGAAGCAAGUAAUUGCAGUUGUAGUUUAUUUAAUUUCCCUUGUAAUUUUUAAUCAAAAUUGAAAUUGUUUAAAUUUUGUAAAUGUAAAAUUAGGCGCUGAAUUAAAGGCUAAACAACA